AUGGCCUCGGCCCGCGUCGGCGGCUACAACACCGCCGACCUCAUGUACACCCAGCCCACCCUCUGGAUCAAGAUCCAGCAGCCCGUGCCCAUGAAGCCCCUCUUCGAGAUCGAGCACGAGGCCACCUUUGACAAGAAGCUCACCGAGAUCGUCGCCCGCUUCCGCACCAACUACUGCGUCCACCGCCAACUACCCCUCCGCAUCGCCAUGGACCUCGCCGCCUUUGGCGUCCCCGCCCUCCUCCUGCGCGACGGCCAGCGCUGCCGCGUCGAGAUGCUCGGCCUGCCCCUCUCCAAGCAGGCCCGCGACGCCCACCACCGCCGCCGCCAGUUCAACGACGCCCUCAAGGCCCAGGGCCGCGAGGAGCACCAGAAGAAGCGCAACAAGAGGGCCGAGAAGAAGGCCGAGGCGGCGAAAAAGGCCCAGCUCGCCGCCUCCCAGAAGCGGAACCCUACCGCGGAGCCCGAGCCCAUGACCCUCGAGGAGAGGCAGCGGCGCAACGCCCAGCGACGGGAGGACGAGGAGAGCGAGAUUGCGGAGGCCAAGGCGGCGAGGAGGGCGAAAUUGGCGCGGGAUGUCAGGGAGCAGAGCGAGUUCAAAAGACCCAGAGGAAGCGGGCUGUGCGGUACCAUGUCCCAAGAACACACCCAAAUCAUCGGCCACUUCUCCCUCGGCGUUCGCGACAUCCGCACCGCCAAGUUCUUCUACACCGCCGCCCUCGCCCCGCUCAACCUCCACCUCGUCUACGAAAGCGGGCCCGACGCCCGGAUCCCCACCCUCGGCUACGGCCCCGACCCGGACCACGAAGCCGUCAAUCUCUUCCAGCACGGCGACGCCGCCUCGGCCCCCGGCAAGGGCUGCCACAUCGCCUUCAACGCCCCGACCCGCGACGCGGCUGUCUGCAAAGUCUGA